GUCCUCAGUGCCCGCUGCCCUGGGGACAAUAUAAAACAGGUCAGAGCCCUCUGGCCUGUCUACUCAGUUCAUCCCUAGAAGCAGCUGCUCCAGGAGCAGAGGCGCCAUGCAGUCCCGGGUGGUCCUCGCUGUCGCCCUGGUGGCACUACUGGCCUCUGCCCGAGCUCAAGAGGCCGAGGAUGCCUCCCUCCUGGGCUUCAUGCAGGGCUACAUGCACCAGGCCACCAAGACCGCCCAGGACGCGCUGACCAGAGUAAAGGAGUUUGAGAUGGCCCAGCAGGCCAGGGGCUGGGUGACUGAUCGCUUCAGCUCCCUGAAAGACUACUGGAGCAGCGUUACCGGCAAGUUCUCCGACUUCUGGGAUUCCUCUCCCGAGUCUGGACCAACUCCCACUCCUGUGGAAGACUGAGACCCCGACACCCCACGACCACCUGCCUGUCCAUCUUGCCAGCUCCAGGGAUGGUCUUGCAGGUUGCUUGAAAGGGACAGUAUUCUCAGUGCCCUGCCACCCCGCCCCAGGCUCGACGCACCUCUAGGCUGUCCUCCCAAUAAAACCAGGCAAGAAACUGCUGUGA